AUGUCCAAGGCCUGUUUCGUCAAGCUCACCUCCUGUGUAGCUCUGUUGUUGCCCACUGCAUUGGCAGUCUUCCCUCCGGCACUCAUUCCUCCUACAGUCGAAGCCAUCUACGAUGAGUUGGUGAAAGAUUUCAAGCACGACGUGACGGACGACGCCAAGAAAGCAGGAGAAACCCCCUCAGGCGGACUGGGGAUCCUCGUAAUUGACCAGCAACUGACCCAGGUGGUGCUGACCAUGGACUCACACCCACGAUACCACAUCGCCAACAGCAUCUUCUGGAAGAACGCCACGGGGGAUUCUCCCGAGCCGUUCACGUCCAUAUCGUCGCAAGAUCUCAAGAAUGGAGUGUGGAAACCCCGCGAUGAAAGCUUGAGCGACUACGUCUUAGCGUACACGCAGUCGUUGGAGGCGAAUGGGAAGUUUUCGUUGACAAUUUGGCCCGAACACUGCGUCAUUGGGUCCCCGGGGCACAACAUCGAGCCGAAUGUGCUGUCGGCUGCAUUGGAGUGGACCAAGACGUCGUUGAAACUGGUUCAGUACGUGAUGAAGGGCAGAAACCCGUUCACAGAGCACUACCCAGCUCUCAAGGCGGAGUACGAACUGCCGUACGACCCAUCUACGAGUCUCAACAAGGCCUUGAUCAAGUCGCUGCAGCGUGCUGAUAAACUCGUCAUCGUCGGUGAAUCUCUCUCGCACUCUGUGAAUUACAACGUCCGCGACCUCGUGGCUGCGUGGCCCAGAAGCGACUAA